AUGGUGCAGUGUUCUCUGCCUCAGCAUUCCUUUGGGGAGAAAAAUGGUUAUUUAAAUGGCAACUCUGAACAGAAUUCCUUUUUAAUAAUUCAGAAAUUUCUCUUUGUCAGUGAUACAGGAACAACACCUCCAGAAAGUGGUAUUUUUGGAUUUAUGAUAAACUUCUCUGCAUUUCUUGGUGCAGCCACAAUGUACACAAGAUACAAAAUAGUAGAGAAGCAAAAUCAAACCAGCUAUUUCAGCACGCCUGUUUUUAACCUGGUGUCGCUAGUUCUUGGAUUGGUGGGAUGUAUCGGAAUGGGCAUUGUAGCCAAUUUCCAGGAGUUAGCUGUCCCCCUGGUCCAUGACGGCGGUGCCCUCUUGGCUUUUGUCUGUGGUGUGGUCUACACACUCCUGCAGUCCGUCAUCUCUUACAAAUCGUGUCCCCAGUGGAACAGCCUCUCCACGUGCCACGUGCGGAUGGCCAUCUCUGCCGUUUCCUGUGCAGCUGUGGUCCCCAUGAUCGCCUGUGCUUCACUAAUUUCUAUAACCAAACUGGAAUGGAAUCCAAAAGAAAAGGAUUAUAUAUAUCACGUAGUGAGUGCAAUCUGUGAAUGGACAGUGGCCUUUGGUUUUAUUUUCUACUUCCUAACAUUCAUCCACGAUUUCCAGAGUGUCACCCUAAGGAUAUCCACGGAAAUCAAUGAUGAUAUUUGAAGAAAGAAGAAUUAUAUGUCACUCAGUGAAAGUCGCAGGCAAUUUCUGGAAGUGGUACAGAGGAGGGUCUUAAUGCUGCCCUGUGUGGAACGCAUCUGCAGUACGUCCGGGACUUGAAUUUCGUUAAGAAUUCCCGAUAGUUGUACUAUUUCCAAAGUUGUUUGGGCUUCACGACCCUAUGCCAACUCUCUUCAACCUGGACAGUUACCACCAAAAUUGUUACAUGGGAUAGACAAAACGGUACACCUGGCUUGCCAAACUGAGAACGCCAAAAAUCACUCCAGACAAUCACAUUCUGCUGGUUCCCUGAAACCCCUAAAGCUGGUCUCAUCCACAUUUAUGGUAUUAUUUCUAAUUUCCAUGACUUUGCAUUUCCUUGGCCCUCUUGGCUGAAAGAGUAGAAUAAAAUGAAAUAUUUCUUUAUUUUA